UAUAUUUCAAUGACAUUUUGAUAUAUGCACAAAUAGUCGUAAAACCUAGCUGCUCGUCCUUGUAUAAUAUCAGAGGGCUUUUGAUCGGAGGUGGAUUACAUUACUCAUCACGAGUCAUUUUGCUGGAGUAAAGCAGAGAGUCUUAUUCUAUAAUAAGAAUAAGCGUGGCAGAUCUCAGUUCGAUAAAAAUAGAAAAUAGUGUACAUACAUUCUAAACAUGGAUAAGGAACAACUAAAUACAUCCGGUAUGAGAGAAGAGCUGAACAAAAACAUGACGCAUGCUGUACUUCCGGUGACUAUUUUCAUUGGGGUGGAACAAUUUUUCGGAUUCUUUGGAAACAUUUUAAUUCUGAUAGUGUAUUCCUUUCGGUAUAAGCGUACUAAUUUUCGUUACUUCGUGUUAUCAAUGGCUGCUUUGGACUUCGUAAGUUGCUGUACAACACUUCCUGGAGAAAUAUUUUCACAGUUAAACUGGUAUGAUUACAAAUACGGAUGGAUUUGUAAAGUUAAAUCUUACUUCAAUGUUUUCACUGCAUGGGGCUCAGCGUCCAUUCUGCUCGUGUUAGCAAUUGACAGAUACCGGAAAAUAUGUCGACCUCUCAAGUGGCAAAUUCAGCCUGCCCAUGCUUUGAAAUUAAGUUGUGGUGUAUUAAUCUUGUCCUUAUUUGUGUCUGUUCCUGUCCUUUUCUUUUGGGGCAUACAGGAAUACAUUCACGAAUACAAUGGAUGGAAAGUUACCGUCUCUGUUUGCGAAACAUCUGGUAAAUACGCAGAAACUAUUUAUCCACUUGUUUACAUUGGAAGCGUCUAUUUUCUUCCGGUAGGUUCUAUGAUAUUUGUCGCCGGGACGUUGAACUUUUUGACAGCGCGUAAAUUUUUCGGUCGCAAGUUGAUAGAAGCACAAACGGUAAAGAAAUACUCAAUGUCUUCAACAGCUUCAACAACAGUAACUUCAUUUAAUUCGACGUCGGAUAUACAUGAACAAACAGAUGAUUCGUCUGCAGAACCCUGCAGUACAACAGUACAGACUAACAUAGAAUCGUCUGAUGAUACAGAUGCAAAACAUAACAACUCUGACCAUUUAAAGGGAAUCCAUCCAGAAAACACCAGACUUAAACAUGUUAUACAGUCAGGAUCGUACAGGAAGCGGAAAACAAUUAUAAUGUUGGUGCUGACGUCAGUUUUCGUAGUUACUAUGGUGGUUUAUGUAAUUCUCAUAAGUCUGGUGGCACAGCCUCCCAGUAUUCUAAAUGAAAUGUCAAAUUCAACGAAAGUAGUAUUUUUCUUUUUCCUGCGUUUAUAUUUUAUCAACUGUGUUGUAAAUCCGAUCUUAUACGGAUUUAUGGACCCAAGAUUUCGUUCCGGACUUUUGUCAUACGUACAUAAAAAGCAAAAAGACAUGUGGGUCAAGCCGAACGUGUCCAAACGGUCACACUGAAACAUUGUUACUUAUACCUGUUUUGAACGACGAGGAAGGUUUGAAAUCUCGUGCAUUUAUAUAGUUAUUCUACAACAUGAAACAUUUAACUUGUAGCUUCUAUAUUCAGAGAAGCAUCUGAGAAUGUGUUGAUGACAUGCGUUACUAUUUGUUCAUAUAGCCAUGGAAAGGAUUAUACCAACUUCAACGGUUUUUUUCCUUACUUUUGUAAAUACUAUAAUUUUAAUUUAUAUAUUUUACGACCAUUCAUUAAAAUUCCCAUAAAUCAAAUACUGAGAAAGUUCACACAUUAUUCUGUCUAUCUAUUUCCGUUAUGAAAACUGCAAAAAUGUAUACAAGCACAAAAAAAACGAAUAAAUUAGUUCUUUAUUCAUAUGGAGUCGAUGUUACACUAAAGGAGGGUUGCUAUUAUCUAAAACAUGUUUAAAACUACUUUGUUAUUAGCUGUGUAAAAUGACAUGGUUUUGAAUUCCAUUAUUUGAUGACGAUAGAAUUCGAUACAUUGAUAGAUAUACAAGAACAAGACCAAGUAUGUUCAAAUUUAUUUUAAUAACUUAAUCACAUCAAGCAAUUUUAAACUACUGAAAAAACUAAGUAUAUUUUGUAAAAGGAUUAUGAACCAUUUUAGAUCAUAACUCGCAUCAUCAGAAUUAGUCAUUUACUAAAUACAAGUUUGUGUUGGUUGUUAAUAUUCAAAGAAUUUCUCUUUGUCUUUGCACAUCUCAACUAUUUUAGUAUGGCCUGUAGCAGGUCUAAUCAAUUAUUGAUUUCGUGGUACUAAUAUGCUCCAGAUCUGACAAAUGUUUAUAUAUGUAUAUGUUAUAUAAAAACAAUUGUGUAUGUACAUAUAUAUUGCUGAUCCUGCCCACGCAUUGUGGGACUCAUGUCAAUUUAUAAACGAAUUGAAUCCUUCGUAUGUCCUGGGAAUGAGUCUAUAAAAGUAAAGCCUGGAUAUUAUAUCAU